ACCCCUGGGAUCUGCGAGGCCCAGCGCCGCUCCCGCGCCCGCGCCUUCCUGAGGCCUCGUUCUCUCGCCCGCGCGCAGCCUCCCUGCCCGCCCGCCGCGGUCAUGUUUGUUCCCUGCGGGGAUUGGGUGCCUGACCUGACGGGCUUCACCCUGCUGAUGCCAGCAGUAUCUGUUGGAAAUGUUGGACAGCUUGCAAUAGAUCUGAUCAUUUCUACAUUGAACAUGCAUAAAAUUGGCUACUUCUAUACCGAUUGCCUGGUGCCAAUAGUUGGGAACAAUCCAUAUGCAACUGAAGAAGACAAUUCAACAGAGCUCAGUACAAAUGCUGAAGUAUAUUCAUUGCCUUCAAAGAAGCUUGUGGCUCUUCAGUUAAGAUCCAUUUUUAUCAAGUAUAAAUCCAAGUCAUUCUGUGAAAAGCUGCUCUCCUGGGUGCAAAGCAGUGGCUGUGCCAAAGUCAUCGUCCUUUCAAGUACUCAUUCCUACCAGCGCAAUGAUCUCCAGCUGCGCAGUACUCCCUUCCGGUACCUGCUUACACCUUCUGUGCAAAAAAAUGUUCAAAAUAAAAUACAGAGCCUUAACUGGCAAGAAAUGGAAAAAAGUCCAUGCAUCCCUCAAAUGGAUGAUUCUGAGUUUUGUGUCCGUGUUCCAGGAGGAGGGAUCACAAAAACACUCUAUGAUGAAAGCUGUUCUAAAGAAAUCCAAAUGGUGGUUCUGCUGAAAUUUGUUUCAGAGGGAGACAAUAUCCCAGAUGCACUAGGUCUUGUCGAGUAUCUUAAUGAAUGGCUUCAGAUAAUCAAACCAUGUAGUGAUGACCCUGCAACAUCUGCCUUGCCGUGGAAAAUCCCAAGUUCUUGGAGGUUACUCUUUGGCAGUGGUCUUCCCCCUGCACUGUUUUGAUCUGUUUCUUGUUUUAUACCUUAUUUAUACACUUAUGCCAGCACAAUUGUUAUUUAACAGCUGUUAAAUAAUCUGUAUAAAGAAUGUGACUUUGCAAGAGUACAUUAGAAAAAGGAUGAGCAAAAGAUCUUUGGCUGUAAUUUUCAUCACAUGUAACAAAUGUAAAUUUCAUACAGUAAAAUUUUAUUUCCGGAGUGA